AUGCUUUUGAGAAAUACCGGCAAAGCCAAAUGCCUCCAGCUAUUGGCAAGUAGAUCUUUCACUUCAACUUCUAAAAUACCCACUUCAAACACAGCUACUCCCAUAACCUCUGCUAGCUCAGUUAACCCUAUUAUCAAUAAUGAACUUUCCAAGACCAUACAACCCCUUCAAACUGACAAAAAAGUGGAUAAGAUUCUCAAUAAGAGCACUAAACAGAUCAGACGUGCUUGGAGAAGAGAGUAUUAUAUCAAGAAGUCUGCCAAUAAACUUGAAAAACGUAUAACGGAGGUGAUCAACUCUAAUAUGGAUCAUAAAUCUGACCAUGGGAAUAUUUCAACUUUGAGGCUUUUCGGUGAGUUGGUGGAACCUGGUAAUCAGGCAGCGGUUGUGAGGGCUAUGACUUAUGAAAAUUUCAGAUUGAUUUUGGUUAAAACCCUUGAAUGUCAAAAAUAUUAUCUGAAAAGAGCUUCAGAGUUAAGAAAGCUUUAUAACUUGAAUAAAUCAGGUAUUAAUAUUGCUAGCACUAAAAAUGUUACUACCGGGGCAUCAUCAAUAGAAGAUGGAAAUGCUUCAGUUAACGCUUUGGUUUCCCAGAAUUUACAGAUAAAAAAAGACUUACAAUUUGUUAAGGAAAUGGAAAAUAAAUGCUUGAGAUUAACCAGAGAUUUCUUUGGGAUUUUCAACUCUGACCCAAAGUUUAAUGAACAAUUGACCAUCGCAGACUAUGAGCAGAUUUUGAAAAUGGAACUUGCUAACGAUAAACCCGACAAAGCUUACCGUAUUAUCAAGGCCAUAGAGAAAAAGUUUCCUAUUGAUGACGAUAAAGUUAUUAUUGAUACUGGGUUCUGGAACUUGAAAUUCAAGACACUUGUAUGUGCAUCACCAAAAUUUUGGCAAUAUAAGAAUUCGAGAUUUCCAAAAUCUGGAGCCAUACCAGCUGGCUACCAAAACUGGAAAGGGAAAUUACCAUUUGAAAUAAACCUUCCUAGAUUACUUCAAGAGUUUACGACUUUACUGGAAUCGGGAAGACUAGUACCAAAUUUAGAAACCCACACCAAUUUGAUUUUAGCCUUAGGGUAUAAUGGCAGUAUCGAUUUGUUGAGAAAUCAACUUAAGCUGAUUUGGGGUGUCGCCCCUGGCAUAGAAGACAAAUCAGAAUUGGUCAAUCUUUCUAAAGAUGAUCCUCUCUACCCUGAUAUAGAGAUUUUGAAAGCUGUCGUUACCGCUUUUUCUUUUAAUAGUGAAUAUUUGGAAGCCAUUGCAUACUUGUCAGAAUUUGACACAAAAUACAAUUUUCAUGAUGUCAAGGUUUCUGGCAAACCUGCUGUUGGUAGUAUUUGGGAAAUUUGUUUCAAGUGGGCUGACUACAAUACUAAACUCCCAAGUGAAGCAUCGCUUAAGGACAAUGCUGAUUUGUUCGGAGAUGAGGAAUCUGCUAUCGACAAUGUGGACGAAUUUUUGGAUAAAAUCUCUCAAGAGAGAGCGGUUUUGUUAGAUAACAUCUUCAACAGCUAUUUGGCUACCACUAAUGGAAACUCUCCUACGACCAGAAUUUUGAAUAUGAGGUUCCGUCAAUUGAAACAAAGUGGAAGAUUAGAUCAAAUGAUUAAAGAGUUGCCAAUUUUUUAUAAUGCGUAUCUCAGUAGACUGGAUGAUAAAAUUCUUUGUUCAUUAUACUUUAACUACUGGAUAAAUAUUUUGAAUGUCUCUAUGAUGGGAGAGCUUUCAAAUUUAGAAGCCAUUAGCAAGGACGUUAAUAGUGAACCUAAUAAUAUUUCCAUCAUCAACAAGCAAAUCAUCAAAGAUUUUAGAGAAAAUAAUGGGCCGGUGUUUAUGUAUACUGUUUCACAGCAGAAUCUCAAUUCUUUGAAGAAAGAAAUUGGAUAUCAAAAAUUGUCAACUGAGAGCAAUAAUCUCGUUGAUUCAUUGAAAGAAAAACUCGGCAAGAGAAGUCUUUGCAACGUUGAAAUUCUUAAGUUAUUAUACUUUUAUAAACCACAUGGGCAAAUUUUCUUCCAAAUUCUCGAAGAAAAAUACGUUCAAUUGAGUAGUCAAAUAAUUGAGCAAAGAAAGAAUAUUUCCAAACAAUAUGAUGAAGAGGAUGAUGAGAGCUUUUUUGGUAUUUUUUGA